AUGUCUGGAUCUGGAUCUGGAUCUGAAUAUCACUUUGUCAUUGCCUUUCUCUCCCCACUACUGGUGCCUACAGGGAACAGAACAGUGGAUGAGUUUGUGAGGCGUUUCCAGCUGUUCGUCAGCGUACCCACAUUUAUUUUGGGCCUGGUUUUCAACGUCUUUGCCCUGUGGAGCCUGUGCUUUCGGUUCAGAAGAAGCAACGUGUCUGUGAUCUACAUGAUGAAUCUGAUUAUGGCGGACAUCCUACUGCUUUCCUCGCUGCCUUUCAAAAUCUAUGCGUACCAGACAGUCGAGUGGUCCCUGGGGCCGGCGUUCUGCAUGUUUCUGGAGUGCCUGUACUAUGUGAAUACCUAUGCCAGCAUCCUGAUGACUGUGCUGAUUUGCCUCGAUCGCUACAUCUCCAUCAAACACCCAUUUUUGGCCAGGAGUUUCAGGUCACCCCAGAAAACAGCCGCUGCCUGCGCCACGGUUUGGAUCGUGGUCUGGUCUUGCAGCGCCUGCAUUUACUUCACCAAAACCGCAAAGUCUGUUUGCUUUUUUAACCACAGCCCGUCCCUCUGGAAAUUGCCGGUGGUUGUGUUCAUCCAGACCCUGUUUGUGCUCUCGGCUCUCGUCAUGGUCUUCUGCUCCGUGCAGAUCGUCAGGGCUCUGCGGAGAAUAAACGGGGCAAAAGAGGGGUGCAGGGACAACAGCAAGUCCGUCAACAUUGUCCUCUCAAACCUGUCCACUUUCCUGGUCUGUUUCACACCCUACCACCUGGCAAUGCUGCUGUAUUUCCUGGCGCAGAAAUCGCUGAUACAUGCAAAAUACCUGACGACUGUGCGCAACGCACUGCAGAUCUGUCUAUGUUUGGCAAACAUUAACUGCGUCCUGGAUGCCAUAUAUUACUAUUUUGUAUUCAAAGAGUUUCGGAAGUCCCAUAAACAUUCUCCGACUGACCGAUGA